UCAUCGUGGUAUGUUUUCUAACCAACAUGGUAACACAGCUUCGUUACCGUUUAAUUAUUCAUCAUUUGAAGUGAACUUGUCGAUGUAAAUUAAUAUUUUUUGAUAGCUGAACCAAUCUGUAUGUAUUGUCAAUAUUAAAAUUUUGUUAACAUGAAACUGGUUUGUCUGAGGUUAAUAGAAAAUUAAUAUUUUUGACGUUCUGAAGCCGAACCUAACAAACCUAUCAUAACAGGCUGCCAAUUCAUUGACAAACAUUAUUUUCUUACUACCUCAUCCAAUGCUGUAAUUUUAGAUUAAUAUUUAGGUAAUUCAAGAUCGUAAAAACCAUGGAUGACACAAUAAAAAUAAGCCCAACAAGUCUGAAAGCGAAACCCACAGAUUCAGAGUCUUGCAAAGUAGCAGAGGUGGGAAACACAAAAGCGGGUGAUCAAAAAGAUGCAAAAAAGCUUUCACCUCCAGAAAUAUCAGAAAUUAUGAGACCAAAAACGAACGACGACGUGCAGCGGGCUAUAGAAGGUUUAAAGGACAUACCUGAUGAGGAGUUGCAAGAAUUUUUGGACGACGAAGAUUUUAUGGAGGGAUUAGAUGUUGUCGAUGCAUGGGAAGGUGAGGAAGAAAGACGUCUGGAUAAAAAAAUCGAGAUUCACAGCAAGGAAAAGGAACGCAGACGUACACCUAGGGAUUGCAAUCGCAUUCGAGAACAUCGAAGUCCGAAUCAUCGAGAAAACAUGCGACGUGACGAAAGAAAGCGAGAGGAAUCCCGGCGAGAUCCAUCUAAAAGUACAAAAGAUAUUGAAAGAGAUAAAAUUCGUACUUUACGUGAUUCAGAAAUUAAAAUCUUAGCAGAGAAGAAAAAAGCCAUAAAAUCUCUACUUGAUUCGGAUAACGUUGUACCGCCAGGGACAGAAAUGGAAGCCAUUGAAACAAUCGUCGAAAAGCAAGAGAGUAAUAAGCCAGUCAUCACACGCAGCCGCCGGAGCAGAGAAAGAAGAAGAAGUGUCAACUGCCGUAAAGGGAGUCCCAGUAGACGCCGAAGCACCGACAGAGGUAGAAGAAGCCCUCAUCGCCAUUGGAGUCCCAUUGUUAUAAGCCCGGAACAUCACAGAAGUAAAAAUCAGUUGAGUCCAUCGUCCCACAGAAGUCUUAUCAGAUUAAGUCCAUCAUCUCGUAGAAGCCCUCUUAGGCUGAGUCCGCCAAUUUUGAGUCCUGACAGACGUAGGAGCUUGCUUAGAUUAAGCCCUACUCAUCCACGAAGAUUAAGCUGCGAACGCAGAAUAAGUGCAGAGGCAAAAAGACGCAGAAGACGCAUGGAGGCUCACGAACGGCAUGUAGGCCGACGAAGUCGCUCUCGGGACAGGCGUAGGAGUCGUAGUGCAGACCGACAUCGAAGGCGAUCUACCCGCUCGCCAGGGAUUAGGAGAGGCAGCCCAAGAUGGCGAAGUCGAAGCGGUAGCCGACAAAGAUCUCCCCUACGACGCACAAGAAAAAGAUCGCCGUUCAUCAAUGAAAUAAGGAGACAAUUUCGAGAAGAAGGCAACCAUCAAACAGCACCGCUUUCAAAUCUCCAAUUCAUGCACUCGUCACCCAUCGGUGGAAUGCCACCAAUGGGACCCCCAAUGUAUACCCCUGAACAAGAGCAGGUGCCCUACAUGCAGCACCAUCAACCAGGACUACAAGCAAUGAUGGCGCAAGGUGCACCAUCAGGAUUCAUGAACUUCGAACCAGUUCAUCCACACAUGCCACCGUCCAUGACGUAUGAUCCAAUGAUUCCGCAACCUCUACUUCAAUCUGAAUUUACUUCUGGACCUGUGAUGUAUGGCCAACCAAAUCCAGGUCCUGUUCGACCACCGCUGCUACCUCUGCCUGUUCCUUCACCUCAGCCUGUGCCAGCCCCUGUCCAAGUUAUGGAACAGGGACCGUUGAUGUACAGCCAGCCACAUCGGACAGUACCACCCCCACCUACUUUGACACAACAGCAAAUGGAGAUGGCCAAACAACGCUCGAUUACUCCUCAUUCACGUUCCACUCGAUCUAUCACACCCAGAGGUUACAAGAGAGAGCGGAGGUCGCCAUCUCCGUAUAAUGGAACAUCAACUUCUCAUGAAAGUCGUUUAAAAACUCCUGAGCCCCCAGUUAUAUCAAAUUCCAAAGCUACCUUUGGAAAGACUAGUUUAUCCAGCCUAUUGGAAGCAUCAGUCUCUGCUAAAGAUUCGAUCGGACCACCCAUACUUUAUCCAGGAUUCAAGCCAGAAAUACUUCAACAGUGCGAGAAUGCCCUUCGAGACCUGCCAGUUGAAGAUCCAAGACUGAAAAUGACGGGUAGAUUCUUUUUCGACCCUAAAAAAGAAGAUAAAUCAAAUGAACACGAGGAGCGAUCAUCAAACUCGAUUUUGUUGAGGAAAGGAAGGAAUAAAAUUUUUUGGGAUGAAGAAGAGGAACGUCAUUCCCAAAUGACUGUGAAGUCCAGUAUACAUAUGCACCAAAAAAUAUGUCAAACCGACGAUGUACAAACUGAACACAAACAUGUGCAAGCAACUGUGACUACUGUAGAUUUUGGAGUUCAAGUUGAUCCAUAUGACUUACAAAAGUCUACAAAGGAAGAUAAAAGACCGAUUAUGGAUAGACUAGAUUGGAACAUGCGAGAAACAUUUGACUAUGCACCAAAGCCACGAGAAGCUGAUGAUUUAAGAUGGAGUCUAAGUAAUUCUCAGAAGCGUACCUGGAGUAGAGGUGUAUCACCGUCUAGAGAAUCCGAAAGCAGAGGAUUGAGCAGAGAAAGUACGUCAUCUAAUGAUUAUUUAAGGACUCCAACUGUUUGUGCUCCGACGUGCCGUAGAGAUGAAUUUCCAUCACAUCGUAGACCCACAUUGCGAGAUCAUUAUACUCACGACAGUUUUCCAUCAAGUUACCGACAAGAAAUAGAAGAUAAUCAAGAUCAUUUUCUUGAUAAUAGAAGUGACCAUAGUCGGGGAGAGAGUCCUAUGGUGAUUGAUGAUUCGCCAGAAGACAUUGAAGAAGAACCAGAGGUGUUCUCUAGGUCGACAGAACGAAUCAUGCACACCAAAAUACAGAGAGGAAAGUCAAUUCCUCCUUUCAAAGGGCGUGGAGCGCCAAGAGGAUCAUCCCGGCCAUUUCGAGGUGGGAGAGGAAGUUGUCGUGGCAAAUUUUAAUUGAUUGAUGCUCCUCAGAGUCAAAAGUUUCCGUGUCUCCAAAGUUCCAAAGUCUUGCCAUGUUUAAAUAAGUCACAGGCUAGCAUUAGAGUUGUCCCAAAGUUGUGUAAGAUUGUCGAAUCAAUUAGGUUCACUGUCUUACUAAAUAUACAUAGACGCAAUUUAUUUCACCGAACAAAGAAGUGCUGUCAAUGAUACCGCUCAUUCUAUAAAAAAGAGGAGUACGAUACCGUACAUCUGAUUCUGUGCCACUACAACAAUGAAGAUUUCUAAAGGCCUUCCACUUCUGUUAUUGAUCUUCAACAAUUUUCACCUGGCAGACUGAACCAUCGACGCCAAACUCUAUCUGGAUGCCACGGAUGCAGAUCAAUUGAGUCACAAAUAUUCUAUACGCCUUCGGGUAUGUAAUUUUCCUGCCCUUGUUAUCACUCUACACAUAGUUCUCCUUGUAUUGUCCUUACAAUGUAUAUGAGAACCAUGCAUUUUCUUAUACUUAUUGAAACAUUGUGCUAAAAAUAAGAUGUCUUUAUUUUAUUUUAUUUUAUUAUAUUAUAUUUUAUCUCAUUUUAUUUCAUGUUAUCUUAUUUUAUUUCAAUUUUUUCCUACAUUAAUAAACCUACAUGUCAUGAUACGACGAUAAUAGCAAUUAUUCUUGACAGAGUUGCAGUUUUCAUCGAAUGCUAAAUUAUAGAUACGCAGACAAAAUACGCUAAAUUCAUAAUAAGUGAAUGCAAAUGAACCAGGCAUGAAAUAAGGUCGAGUUCGUGGAACGACCGUAUGGACUAAUACAGACAAAUAAUUAAUAAAACACGAAGAAAUUGCAUGGCUAAACUAAGAGAUAAAUCAAGAAGAAUGAACUCACAAAAUUCAUAAAAGCCUAGAUAUUCCUUUUACACUAAUUUAUAAAGUGAAUUUAUAAUUCACUGAUAAACUCAAACUGCAAAAUCUGCAGAAAACUACCGUAAAUGUACUGAAAUAAUGAAACCGAUUCAAUUUACAAUUUAAAAUAAUAAACGACGAUUAAAUAAUAAGUGAGUGCUGAAAAACAGCAACAAUUCUCGCCCCCAGAGUUACAACUUGAAAUGCUAUUAGAGAUAUUGGUAGAAGUUAUUGAUUCAACUAGGAAUCCGCAUGAUACAUUCAAUAAACCGUAUAAUAGAAUGCAUCAAUUAUGUUACACAGUCGAUAGCAGCCUUUUCUUCGGAUAGAGUACAUAAGUAUAUGUACAAAAGUAUCUAAGUAUAAUAUACGUUGUGCGAAAUAAAUGUAAGAGUAUUAAACUGUUGAUAAAUUUCAUUAGUUUUUCCGCCGUUCGUAAUCCUAUGAAAAUGAAAAAUAAAAAUUGUUGAGACAGAUUUUCUUGUGCAAAAUAUGUACGACCAAAAGAAAGAAGAAAUAAUAUGUUACACGGUUGGUUUUUCAUUUAUUGGUGAGCUUGGAAACCCUCCUUAUAAUUCCUUGAAUUCUACUGCAGGCUAAUAACGCCGCAACUGCAUCUAUUUGUUGAUAAACUCUGUAUGUGCAACUAAGUUCCUAGAAAUGUUAAUUAUCACAUGGUGAAAAGUUUAAUGUUCCAGCGUUUAAUAUUAGAAGACGUGUUUCAACGUUAUCGUCGAUUUACAUAUUAUUCGUUCCGUACAACAUUCCACGGUCUGAACGGAUUUGCACUUAUACUGCAUUACACGUGUACCAUGUCGUACCCAUGGUGCGAAUUUGUCCGACAGGAUAUUACCUUGACUAACAACGUAGUUUAAAUCAUAAUUGCAAGCUGUUAUUUCCAGAAAAAUUUAUCUGUACCUCAAAGUUCGUAAAGUAGACUUGAAAUAUAAUUGCUCAAUGACAAUGAUCUUUGCAAACAACAUCAGCAAAAACAGAUGAAACGGAAAUUCAUCUCUACGCUCAUACUAUCCGAUGAUUACAAAUCGAGGACCGUACAUUGAUUACGAAUAUAGAUGUAUUUUGUUUCUUAAAGCCAGGAAUUGGGUAACCUUGCGGAGUUCUCUGGUCUAACAAAGAUUCAGCACCAGGAACAAAUACAAGUUUUUGGGGUAUCAAACUCAUUGCGAUAGUUAUUUACAGACUAGUCCAGUCACUAAAGCAAAAAAGAGGGUCAUCCUGUGAAAAAUUAGGGGUGGAAAAUUUCCCUUUUUAUACUCAGAAAGGGGGGGGGGGCGUUGGUAGUGUAAAUCUCGAUUUUCGGGAAAAUCCCCCCAUUGCGUUCGCCACUAUGUUUAUUUGAAGGGUGUUUUUUUUGUUCUCCGAAUAACUCGCUUAUUUUCAACUUUAGAAUGAAAGUGAUGAUAACCAAAGUUGUGGGAAAUGUAAUUCCCCACAAGUUUGAUGAUAAUCAUUUUCACUCUAGGAUCAAUUUUUCAAGAGUUAGACUGCAGAUAGUCAAAAAAUGUUUUUUUUUUUAGAUAUCUCGCUUAUUAUCAAGUUUAUCGUAAAAAUGUUAACAAACAAAAAGGUAGGAAAUUUCAUUUCCUAAAACUUUGGUUACAGCCAUUUUUACCCUACAAUCAAUUUUCAGACAUACCUAAUUAGGGGGUACAUUUUUUUUAGUAAACCAUGUAAAAAUCUGAAAAUAUCGAUUCUAGAGUAAAAGUGAUAACUACCAAACUUGUGGGGAAUUACAUUUCCCGCCGAGUUAAGAUCAAUGAUCAACGAUCGACGAUCGACCUACGAUCUUUGUGGGGCUUCAUCAGUUUUGGGAUAGAAAAAGAAAAGUUCAGGGUGACAGGGUAAGACAUCAUGUUAUGGCCAUAAACCCUGUCAGAAUCACUAUUUUGAACUUGAGCAAAUUUUAUUAAUCUUUUUUUUUGCACCAAAAAAUGAACGAGUUGAACUGCAUACGAAGUUGAAGCUUGUGAUUUAUUGUGACAUCAGAGGUAUCCAUAGACAUGUGUCAUUAAGUGAUGUGCAAUUACUUUGUCAUGUAUUUAUUUUUGAGGAAACAAAAAGUAGUUUGACAGUUAUAUCCCCGACCUUAUCUCCACACAGUACACAGGGGAUGAAGGAGCUGUCGCUUUCUGAUGAAAAUCAAAAAUCAAGUUUGAUCAUCAUAUUUUUUUAUGCAAACUAUGAAAUGAUAAUCAUCAAUAAUUUUUACAGACAUUGCAGAUAACUCCAGUCUCGACCAAAGCUAUCCACCGUAGAGAUCGGAGAGCAACUUUAAAGUGACUUUCUGGUGUGUUGUAUAUAUAUGUAUAUUAAAUUUUUUAUCACCAUAA